UUGUAACCAUUCCAAUAGAUAUAGGCAGUGUCAUCAAAUGUCAGGUUCAAAAGCUGGCAAAGGUGAUGAUGGUAUUACAAGUAAAAGGAGACGGAAUCUUCCCUCAUGGAUGGGAUCAAGGCAAGACACGAGUACUACUGAUGGAAGUGAAACGCACUCCAAUUCGGGCACCUCAAACUUCUCAAAACUCAUGGAGGGUGUUGUGUUUGUGUUAUCUGGCAUUGUUAACCCUGAGCGUGGCACACUGAGGUCUCAAGCGUUGGAAAUGGGAGCUGAAUAUCAACCAGAUUGGAAUUCGAAUUGCACCCUUUUGGUUUGUGCAUUUCCAAACACUCCAAAGUUCCGGCAAGUUGCGGCAGAUCUUGGGACCAUUGUUUCCAAGGAUUGGAUAGCAGAAUGUUAUAAACAACGACAACUCAUUGAUAUCGAGCCUUACCUUAUGCAUGCUGGUAAACCAUGGAGGAUGCUAAGUGUUUGCAAAGAUAAAAGGUCACUGCACUCAAGAGAAUCUCAAGAAAAAGCAGAAAACUCACGCUCAGACUUGACUUCCCGUACACCAUCUAAGGGUAUGUGCCCCAACAGUUUCAAAGAAUUUUUCUCUUCUUCUGAAGUGAAACAAUGGGCCACUGAAGAUCUUCAGAGAACUAUUUCAUGGCUAGAAAGUCAAGAUGAGAAGCCAGAGCCAACUGAAAUUAAGAAAAUAGCUGCGGAGGGGACCUUAACCUGUUUACAGGAUACCAUAGAUUCUCUAAAGCAUGGGAAGGAUGUAAAGCAAAUAAUGGAGCAAUGGGCAUGCAUCCCGCACGCAGUUGAGGAGCUGCUAAAAGUUCAAGGCAAUGAUGUAACUAGGGUAUGGAAGCAAGCUGAACUCUGUAAACAAAUUUAUGAGCUAGAAUUCAGGAGCAUAGAUCAGACACAACUCAACACAACAAAUUCUGAUAGUGAUGAGGCAACAAUCGAGAUGACAGAAGAUGAAAUUGACCAGGCUUAUGAUUCUGUGUGUUCUACCGUUGCAAAGUUUUAGUCUGAUCAUCCAUCUUUUGCUUUGUGAUGAAUUUUGAUGGAACUGUUGCUUUCUACUGUCUAUAUUGUGACCGACUAUGUUGAAUGAACUAGUUUUUUACCCCACACAAAAUUAUAUAAUAUUCCGUAUUAAACUUAGGGAAAAA